AUGGAUACAAUUCUAUUCUUUAGUCUGAUUUUUGUAGGCCAUGAUGUCAGUCAGAAAGAACUCAAAGGCAGUAGCUAUCACACAGAGCAGUUUCCUGAACUAUUCCCAAGGAACAUGAGAAACACCAAAGUGCUGUUGUUACAAGAAGCCCAGGGAGGAGCCCAGAGGGAAGCACUGGGCCAAAACCAGAUGGUGGCCACCCUGCAGUGCUGUGGCUCAGGAAGCCAAGUGACAGUAAACCUCCAGGAUUGGGAGAAAAGGCCAAAGGCCUGGUACAGCCUGCAGAGCCUGAGCGUCAUGACGGCUCCUCUCCGAGACAGCCUCCCUGGGCCACGCUGCUGCUUAAGUACGGUCCCCCAACUGUGGUCCCCAACCGGGCUCCAUGUCACAGUCCAGGUAUUCUUACCCAAUAUCUCCAACUGUAAGUUCGGCCCAAUGGUUGAAGCCCCGUUGGAGAGACUGUCUACAACCACCAUCAUCACUCCCAUCACAGAGGACAGAGAAGAGGAGGAAUCAUCUAUUACUGACAUAGGGGAGGAUCUGCUUCUGAGGAAGAGGUGGAGCAUCGUGGUCAAGGCCCUCAUUGCUGUCACCCUGCUGAUCAGUGGAAUGGUCAUAAUCAUCUUUGUCAUUUUUGAAGUGCCUUGUUCACGCUCUUGUCCUGGAGCUGGGCACUUGUGCCAUUGUCAACAGUGGGGAAGACUGAAGGAAGAUAGUGUCCAGGAAGGGCCCCUGCCUGAGGUUGGACUCAGCAGGACUGAAGAUCCCAACUCUUCUUCUCCAAAAAACCUAUCUGAGAUCAUUAUUAUUCACCAGACAUAUUUCUGA